UUUUUUUUUUUAAACUUCUAGCAGAAGUGCGGAUGUGAGUUGCAUAUUGAUACGGAACAGGCCGCCAGUUUCUGUUUUUUUUAAAGCAAUGCGGGCUUAGGCAAUGGUCAUUUUGUGGAGCUAUGAAUCCAGAGGAGCAGACGGUAACGUGGUUAAUAUCAUUAGGAGUGCUCAGCUCACCUAAAAAGAACAUAGCGGACCCGGAGGAGUUUUUGAAAACAUCUCUCAAGGAUGGAGUCGUUCUGUGCAAGCUCUCUGAGCGCCUCAUACCUGGCUUCACUCCCAAGUAUUGCCAGGAACCGAGAACUGAAGCAGACUGCAUUUCCAACAUCAAGGAGUUUUUAAGAGGAUGCUCGUCCUUGAAAGUGGAGGGGUUUGAACCAGAGUGGUUAUACACUGGUGACAAUUUUGGCAAGGUCCUAAAUACUUUGCUGGCAUUCAACUUUGCAACACAAGAUUGUGCUGCUGAGAGAUGUUCUCCGUCCAGUACCCCUUCUCCUAGUCAGGCGUCUUCACACACACUGUCUUCUGUCAAAUCCAAAGGCUCUCUGCGCAGACAAUCCAAAUCAGUGGAAAUGUCUGAGAACGGUGGUGGUGGGCAGCUGAUGGUGAAAGCUCGCUAUAACUUCAAGCAGAACAAUGAGGAUGAGCUGUCAUUCAGUAAAGGUGACGUGAUCCUUGUGACACGCCAGGAGGAGGGAGGAUGGUGGGAGGGCACGCUCAACGGCAAGACGGGCUGGUUUCCUAGUAACUACGUUCGUGAGAUCAAACCCUGUGAAAAGCCGUUGUCUCCUAAAGGAACUCAGCUGACCAAGAACUACUACAGUGUGGUGGUACAGGACAUCUUAGAACAUGAGCGAGAGUUUGUCAAAGAAUUACAAACUGUGUUGAGCUGUUACCUACGACCCCUGCAAGCUAGCGACAAGCUCAGCAGUGCAGACAGCGCCACCUUGUGCGGAAACCUGGAGGAUAUCCUUAGCUUCCAGCAGGGACUGUGUUUGGCUUUGGAGGAAUGUAUUAAGGUCCCAGAGGGACAGCAGCGAGUGGCAGGCUGCUAUCUAAACCUAAUGUGUCAGAUCAAGGCUUUGUACCUGGCUUACUGUUCCAGCCACCCUUCAGCUGUCUGCAUCCUCACCGACCACAGUGAGGAACUUGACAAGUUCAUGGAGAGCCAUGGAGCAAGCUCUCCAGGAAUCCUGACCCUGACCACCAGCCUCAGUAAGCCCUUCAUGAGGCUUGACAAAUACCCUACCCUGCUGCAGGAGCUAGAGAGACAUGUGGAGGAAGCCCACCCUGACUAUACUGACGUAAUAAAAGCAACAACAGCAUUUAAGAGCCUGGUGAUGCAGUGCCAGGAUUUGCGGAAACGCAAGAAUCUGGAGCUCCAGAUCCUGUCAGAACCCGUGCGGGGCUGGGAGGGAGAAAGCAUGAAGAGUCUGGGUCAUGUGGCCUACAUGUCCCAGGUCCAUGUGAGAAAUGGCUGUAGUGAGGAAAAAGAGGAGCGUUACCUAAUACUUUUCCCUAAUGUGUUAGUUAUGCUCUCUGCCAGCCCCCGGAUGAGUGGCUUUAUUUAUCAGGGAAGACUGCCACUAACAGGUACCACAGUAACGAGGCAUGCAGAAGAAGGAGAAAUCGCCCACUUUGCCUUUGACAUCACAGGAAGCAUGAUUGAUCGCAUUACAGUGUUCUGUAGUAGUGCUCAGGAGUUACAGGAAUGGCUAGAGCACCUUCAGCCCUUUACCAAAGGAGGAAGCCCUGCCGGCACCAUUUCAAAGAGUGUAGAUGGUAAAACGGUGAGCAUGGUCGGAUCCGCCACUCAUCCGUACCACCCGGGCAGCCGUGGCCCCCUUGAACCACCAAAGAUUAGCAAGCCCUGGUCUCUCAGCUGUCUGCGGCCUGCACCUCCCCUCAAACCCUCCGCUGCUCUGGGCUACAAAGAGAGGAUGUCUUAUAUCAUGAAGGAUACCAGUAAGAGCCCACGGCCUAUGAAGAAGUUCCUGCCAGGAAAUAAGAAGAAAGAGCGCAAGCCCUCUGAUGAUGACAUUCAGAUGAGGAAAAGCACAGUUGCUCUGGAGGAGGAUGCUCAGAUUCUGAGGGUGAUUGAGGCAUAUUGCACAGGAGCCAGCCUGCAUCAGAGCAUCACAGCGGUGCGGAAAGAGUGUGUCCCCCAGGUGCUCCUGCCAGAGGAAGAGAAGAUCAUUGUGGAGGAAAUGAAGAGCAACGGGCAGACAGUUAUUGAGGAAAAGAGCCUGGUCGAUGCUGUGUAUGCUUUAAAGGAUGAGGUUCAUGAACUUAAAAAGGAGAACAAGUGGAUGAAGCAGUUUCUCGAGGAGGAGCAGAAGUCUCGCAAAGAGCUCGAGAGGCUUGUCCGUAAAAUGGUUAAGCAGAAGAAUGAUUGUGGCUGGGAUGACGGCACCCACUGAGCACAUCCAUCCAAUCAUCAAUAUUCAUGUGUGGCUGUGCGUGUAUGUGUCCACAUUUACGUAAGCAUGCCUGCAGGGGGGACAGAGUCAGGUGUGUGUGUGUGUGUGUGUGUGUGUGUGCGUGUGCGCGUGCGCGUGUAUGUGUGUAUUUGUGUAUCUAUUUUGUGUUACCACAUUUCAAUCGCGCAGAGCAGACUUGGACUCGCUCUCUGGUGGUGACACUCUGCGUGUCUUCGUUUCAAGUUCUGGAGCUCGAUUUCUGUCUUCCUGACCUAGAUGAGACUGCAAACAUGCUUCCUGAAGCAGCUCAGCUAAACCAAGACAACAAGCAAUUCCCCCUUGGUGACUGGCACUGUGAACACUCCCCAGCACAUGGAUCAAUUUUGGACAAGGACAUAAAGUUCUUCACCAUUUCUUUAGCUUCAGCUGGAAAUGGAAAAGUACAAAGCCAUUAGAUUUAAUGGGUGUUCUCUUGCAUGCACUUAGCAAGGGGACCAAUUUUAUUCACAUCAUGUCUUUGUUAUUGUUAUAUUUUAUUUGGCGUAAAGGUCCCCAUGGGGAAAAUAGAUUUUUUUGGGGGGGGGUGGGGGGGGGCUUUCUUAUAUAUGAAUCUAUUGUUUUUUUUGUUUUUGUUUUUUGUGUGUAAUAUUCUAGACAUUCACAUCACACAUUUCCAGGCUGCUUUUUAGCCAAACAGUGAAAACAGGUCAAUCAGGUUAGCUCAUCAUCGCAAUCUUAGUUUAAAAAUGGAGCCCUUCAUCGUUUAUUUAAAAACUGCAUGAAUGUACAUUUAUCUACAGUGUGAAUUCUGCAUCACAAAUGUGAUAAUUGAGAUAUAUAGUCCAAAGCUAUCAGGGAUGCAGCUGCAUAUUAAAUAGGAAAGACUUUACUAUGUAUGAUUUAUUGUACAAGAGUACGCAAAUAGCAACAAAGAUUUUACCCUUGUUCUUCUUACUAAGAUAUAGUCAAGAAUCCUUUUAACAUAUUAAUUGCAUAGCUUUGCUUUGGUAAAUUAUUUAUUGUUCACCCAAGCAUUUAAUUGAGAUGCUAGCUUUUUAGAUAUUCUGCUGCCUUUAUGUCUGUCUUUUAAUAAACUACACUGAUUUGUGAAGGCAGAAAAAAAAAAUCCCCCUUGCUUUAGUCAAGGGAAAAUUUAAAAACAUUUUUUUCUAAGAGGUAAAAUUACUUUGGUAAAAGAGCAUGCCUUCAGAAUUCAGUUUUUUUUUUUCUUGCAGCUUCUAUAGUGUCCUUGCAGGUUCCUGUAGAGCUGUUGGAGAUAAAACUGAGGAAAUAGAUACCUAUUUUUAUUUAUCAGUGUAGAGUUGAGCUCAGCUGGGUUUUUUUUUAAGUGCCUCCAGAAGGGGUGAAUAAACUUAGAGACUUUAAAACCAGGCCGAAACUCAGUGCGUAUUGAAAUGUCACGGGUGGUUUGUUUUAAUACUUCAGCUACAAGCUUAAUGGGUAUACAUGGGUCUGAAAAAUGGGGCUUUGAAGCCUCUUUAGAGGACUCGACGCGGUACAUUUCCUUAUGUGGUUUAGCAUCUGCACUGUUAACACUGUUUCCUAAUCUUACUGCACUGCAGAGAGGCAGUAGAUGGUAUUGAAAUGCAAUAAGUGACUGCUUUAUUGACUGACCCUCUGGGUUAGUGCCAGCAUGGUGGGCCCAAGUUGGAGAAAAUGCAAUAAAAAAAAAAAAUGAAUCCAAUUCAUUGACCAAAAAAAGCCAGAGUCAAAGUUAAGUAUUCAUUAUAUUUCAUUUGCCUUUAUUUAAUCAAGUCUCCUGGCGUUAGCCAUUUUGUUCAAACAGAACUGACCAAGCCCCAAUUUGUCACAAUUGACUCAAAAUGUGUCUCAUUGUAAUACCGUAUGUGAAGUGCUGUUCUCGCACGCACCUCUUUACAGGGACUCUGAAGCACUGUGUAAGGUACAGGGCAGCACUGGUACAUCAGCAACAGAGUCACUGUCUGGCUUAAGAGCACUUCUUUAGGGAAAUGCUUGCUCAGGAGAUGAAGAUGACCCAUGUUAGUCGAAUUGGGACACUCCGAUAGCAUCUAGAUUCUGCUGCUUCCUGUACAGAUGUAUGAGUCUGUCUCAUCAGUAUGUUCGCUGCUGAGAUUAACAUUAUCGCUGUUUUCUGUAAAAACUGUUUCCAUGAGCGCCACAUACUGUAGUUUUAAAUUCCCAUUAGUCUCAGUGAGCACUUACUGGUGGAAUGGUGUUGAAGUCCAGUUUCAACCUGCUUAUCUCAAACCUUUUCUCCAGACCACUGUGUUUUUGUUUUCGAAAGACUGUUCUAUGCAAUUAUUGUUGUUUGCAAGUAUUGUAAUGCUUUUUUUUUUUCUAGAAACCCUGUACUUUAUGUUUGGUAUGAUCAUUCUUUUAAUAAAAC